AAGUCUCUCCCAAAACUUAAAAUUACUGUUGUUUAGCUACCUCGACACUCACGCGAAAGUAAGCGCGUGCGCACGCAUGCGUACACACACGCACACCCCUUUCUCUCUUCAGCGCCUUGACCAUGGCCUAUUCCUACGAAAAGUUCGAGGCUCCUCUGUCAAGCUUGCUUGGGCUCUGCCUGUCUAAGACCUCAACUGAUUAUGAAAAUGCCAGCAGGGGCCCCGUCUUCAAGCCUGAACUGGUCACUGCCCACUGCUUCAAGCAGUUCAAGAAGAAGGACUUCCACCUUCCUCGAAGCCGCCGGCGGAUCAUCAUCUUGCCUCAAAAGGAAGACCCAACCCUCAUCAACCCAAUGCCCCAACCCCAGGCUCUCCCGCAACCCACCUGCUGCUUUAAAGCCCUGGAAGCCAGGGACAUCCCAGAGCCACCAGUGGACACAAGAACCUGGCUGAGCCAGAGGCUGAAGUUUCGGCAGGAACUGGAGUCGUUUGGCAACAUAGACAGGUGGCUGCGGAACAAGUCCAGACUCACGCCUUCAGAGGCCAAGAUCUUACACAUGCCCCCCAAGGAGCAUGAGACCCAGGCGAUGGCCCACUUGCCUAUUGCCGGAGCCACCAAUAAGAAAAACCUCCGACCUGCCCACCAAAUGGUGCCCGAGCUUCAACUGCCUAAGCCCUCCGCCCUGUCAACCUUGUACUCCUACCUGCACAGUCACAAGAUCAAGAUCCUGGAGGUAUUUAAGAAGCUGGAACAGAGCGAGACCCACAGGAUCUCCAGGGAGAAGUUCAUUAUGGCUCUGAAGGCGAUUGGAGUCCCUCUGGGAAACCAAGAGGUAGAGGAUAUUGUGAUCUAUCUCAGCUCUCUGGAUAAGCACAACAGCAUCACUGUGGAUAUCCUGGCCAGCACCUACAAGCAAUGGUUUUUGCCCCAGCAGAGAAGCACACUGCACACUACAAGGAAGGAUUAUAGAUCUGUCAAGCAAAGAGCUUCCCCACAGCAUCCACCCAAGAAUGUAGCCCCACGGCGUCCCAAGAUGGACCUACUGACUGUGCCUGUGGUUGAUACCAAGACAGAGGCAAGACCCUUGACCCUGGAGGAGAAGGCAGAUGUCAACAGACGGUACUGGGAGCAGAAGCGGCAUGACAAGGCCAUGAUCCCCUGCAUCGAGUACAUGGAGUGGUGCCAUCGGGUGCACAGUGGGAAUAAGCAUUUUGACAAUCACUGCCUCCCAUCCACCAUCUCCGGGGAUACAAGCGAGCUCAUCAACCUGUACCGCAGGGACACGUUCCUGGUCUACCUGCAGUGUCAGAAGCUCUGUGAGUACUACGGCCUCCCGCUGUCAGAGGACAUCCUCAUAAAAGCCUUGCUGUAUCCAGGGGACAAGAUCAUUUUCCAGAAGGACCGGGUGCGCCCAAUCCGGCAGCCAGGGGGCUACUACUCAGACUUUAAGGUCUUCGGCCCAACUCAAGCCCUGCUCAGGUCCCUGGGAUUCAAAGAAUCCAUGGCUAAGAAGACUGACAAGCUGAGUGUCAGACCCCCUUCCCCUUCCUUUGCCCUCCUGCCCUGCUGUUGUGCUUCAGCUACAGAAGCUAGGAUGCUGACACAAGGGGCUGUCACAUUGUACCAGUGCCUCUGUCCUAACCCAGCAUGGCCACUAGUCCCCAGUGUCACCCCUGACUUAUGUCUGAGAUCCACAGCCUCCUUGCCUCACCCCCACACAGCUGCCCUGAACACAUCCUACAUGACCCCAAGCUCUCUGAAAAAGAUAAAAAAGAUGGCCUUCGUAGAGAAUUGGGAGGCCCUUUCACCAUUUAUGGGCCCAGUAUCAGUGGUGCUGCAGAGGAUGGUGAGGGGGGCAGCCCCUUCCCCUGCCCCAUCUUCUCUGGCAAAGAGGGGGCUUACAGCCCCUGGGAGGGGAAAAGAACUCUGCACUGGGUACUACCUCAGGUCAACUCCUGUCCUCUCUAAGACAAUGUCCUUUUUGACUCAGGGCACACUGCGCUCUCCCUCCUGAGAGCAUACCCAUAUCUUUCUUCCCUCUCAGGAGUGCAUCUCCUAAACUGUGUCCCCAGAGGUUUGCACCCAGGGGACAAUGGGCUAUGACAGCUUGUCCUGGGCUAAUGCCCUGAAUCUUUCCACAAGACCCCCUUUUCUCUGACUUUCCAGUGAGCCAGAGCAGCCCCACCUAGGCUCUCUUGAUGCUUCCUCUACUCUAAGCCCUUCCGUGUUUCGUUGUCCCCAGCUUUAAUAAACAUACUCUCAACAUUAAAAAAAAAG